AUAUUUUUUUUAUUCACUCACAUUUUUAAAGAAUUAGAUAAAUAAUCAGAAAAACACCUAUCAUGCCAUUAGGUGAAUUCUACAUUUUCCAUCUAUGUAAUCUUCUUGAAAAACUAGAAAUUUUACUCAAAUUAGUAAAUACAGUGGGAGGCGGACAACUCGACUACACGGACAACUUACCAGAGACAACUCGACUACCUGGAGACCUGGGACGCUGGAACAAGAGACCUGAUAAAGCAUGUCAUGGCGCUGUGCUAUAUACCUGCUAUGUUUAUCACGUCCAGGUUCAAAUCACUGAAAGAAAAGAUGCAUACUCAAGAUCUCAAGAACUUCGCCGAAUAUUUUCAAAACACAUGGUUAUACAACAGUGUUUGGACUCCCAAGGAUUGGUCAGUAUUCGACGUAGAAAUAAGAACCAACAAUCAUCUGUAAGGUUGGAACCGCCAUUUCAACAGUAUAACUCGGAAAAAUAUGCCUUUUUACAGUUUAAUCUCAACAAUGUACGAGGUAAGUAUAGGGAUAGCGGCGGACGUUGUGGAUAUUUUGGAAGAGAAUGUUGUGGGGCGUGUCAACGGCAGGUAUGCGGAAGGCAAAGAGAGGGUGCAACAUGUUUGGGAACAGUUUAAGGAAGGAGAGUUAUCUGUGGACUCUCUUCUUCAGAGGUGUUCUACGGGAUCUACGGGCCGCUUGAAACUUGACCUCGCUUGAAAAUCUGUCUGAGUGAGAAAAGUGUCUGAGCGGAUGCAAAAAAGGAGCAUUGCUACGUCACCUUUUGCAUCUGCAUACGUCACCUUUUGCCAAUGUCACAAAGUAAACAAGAAAGUCGAUGCUCGGGGGAAGGUCCGUUGGAAACUUGAUAUUAUCACAUAAUGGAUUUAUUUAAAAAUCUUAUCAAUGUGUUGAUAUUGCCUAAUAUCAUUUCGACAUUCACUGUCCAUCAAACUUAAGCACCCCAAUACAUUACAUUUAAAAACUGCUUUAAAUUGCAUUUUAUAAAUAGCAUCAUAUUUGACAGAGUUUCUGUUUUGUCAGAUUGCUGAUUUGCCACAAAUCACAGUCAACAACAUUAAUUUGGUAUCCAUAUUGUUGGCUAUGAUUUGGUCUGGAUGGAGUAAAUUGUCCUAUAUUGCACCAGUCUCAAAAAUUCUGGGUCCAAUCACAAUCGAAAAACAGGUGAAAACAAGUUUCCUCCACAUCAUCGCAUAAUACACAUAUGCCAGAUUCUUCGCUAAACCAAUAUUUUAGUUUAUCUGCAGUAGGCAGCAUGUAUGGUUUUCCAGCUAAGUUCUUUAUAUUUGUUGUUAUACUUGUAUUUGUUCAAUUUUCUCUCACAUGAUAGGUUAUGUCGGAUGUAAUUUAUUCGCGAUAUAUAUAUUAUGAUCAUUAAUUUAUCCAAUCGGUUUAAUUUCAAGCGCUUAUUUGGUUGUUAAACGCUCCGAAACCACAUAACGUUCAAUUUCAGUUCUUGCUGAAGAUGUAUUUUGAUUCUGUAGUAAGAUUUCGUGCCUUCCACAGAUUUGUUUAUUUCUGGACCAUAUUUAGAUACUUAUUUCAUUUUUUUUUUCAAUUAAACUAGUGGUAUUACCUAAAUAUGCCCCAAAUAUUUCAGUCUCAUCUUUUUGGAUUUCAAUGACCUUGUAUUCGG